AUGCCCAAAUGCGAACCUAUCGCGAGGACCUCCAAGUCCUUGGCGAAACAGGAAGGCGACUGCAACAUAUUCACUACACUCAUGACUUCUUACAAGGAGAACGAAGCGUGGAAGGAAGCUUCCGCCGUCGAAGACCGCGACUUCCGUCCCACGAAGGCCAACGGGGGCCGGCGGAAGGCGCCGUUCUAUAAGGUCAUGCAGGGCAUGCCAAUCGCUGUCGAUGCGUUUCGCUACGGCACUAUCCCGAACGUCACCGCAUACUUCCUCACUCAUGCGCACUCGGAUCACUACACGAACCUUUCUGCGAGGUGGGAUAGUGGCCCAAUAUACUGCUCGGAGGGCACCGCCAACCUGAUUAUACAUAUGCUGGGCGUUGACCCGAAAUGGGUACACGCGCUCCCUAUGGACGUCGCGACUACUAUUCCCAACACCGGUGGCGUGCAGGUCACGCUUAUCGAAGCGAACCAUUGUCCUGGUUCGUGCCUCUUCCUUUUUGAGGGCAAGCAGACCGUCAACGCUGGCGACAGUGCAUAUAAGUCGUCGUACGUUGGCUCUGCCAAGAUAUUCAGAUAUCUCCAUUGCGGGGACUUUCGAGCAUCCCCGCAGCACGUUCUACACCCUGCGAUCAAGGGGAAGCGCAUAGAUCACUGCUACUUGGACACGACCUAUCUGGAUCCGAAAUAUUGUUUUCCUCCCCAGCCUCUCGUCAUUUCAGCCUGUGCUGAGCUCGCGAGACGACUUGUGCAGGGCAAGUCUGUGGAAGAUAAGGCAGGCGGAGAGGCGAAGCCCCGCACGGUGACAGGCUGGUUUACGCGAGUGGAGAAGAGCGAGAAAGGCAAGGAGAAGGAGAAGGCCAUCGCGUCCUCCGAAAAGAUCCUCAUCGUAGUCGGUACAUACUCCAUCGGGAAAGAGCGCAUUUUGAAGGCGAUCGCCAGGGCUCUGGACACCAAAGUAUACUGCGAUCCUCGCAAGGCAGCCAUCCUACGCUGCCAGUCAGAUCCAGAGCUCGAUGCGCUCCUCACUACCGACCCUUUUACCGCUGGCGUGCAUCUCGUGCCCUUAGCCAUCAUCGCAUCCGAUCGACUAAAGACAUACAUGGAGCGAUGGAAGGGUCACUGGAGCAAAGUCAUUGGGUUUAGGCCCACGGGAUGGACUUUCACUGCGCCGAACGGUACCGACAUGCUCCCCUCGAUACCUACGGUCAUCUCGCGCUCGCAAAGCCGCACGUUCACACAUGCGAACCUGCAACCCGCGCGGAACUCGACGGCGGCGCUGCAGGUGUACGGCGUGCCGUACUCGGAGCACAGCUCGUUCUUUGAGCUGACAUGCUUCGCGCUUUCGUUCGAGUGGACUCGGAUGAUCGCGACGGUGAACGUAGGCAGCGAGGCGUCGCGGGGAAAGAUGGCGAAGUGGGUCGAGCGGUGGGAGGCGGAGCGGAAGAAGCGGGGCAAGGUUGAAGUGGUGGGAUACCGAGCGCAGGAUUAUUGGUAG